AAAAAAAAAAGAAAAAAAAAGCAGGAACUGCGACGAAGCAUUACUGAUAUGGAGGAGCUGGUGCAGGACCUGGUGUCUGCAUUGGAGCAGACCUCAGAGCAGGCUGAGCUGGAUGAUCUGUGGCAGGAGAUGGUGCUCAGGCCGUUGCAGCAUCGGCGCCAGGUUCGCAGACGGAGGGGUCGCAAGCGACGCUGCGAUUUCGAGCACAGCCUCUGCCUCAGUGAAGCAUCUGAGUCCAGCCUGGACGAAUCCUUCACAAGAGAACAUAGACAUGGUGCUGGCGGAGCUGUGGCCGUUGCAGCAGCUCCUAUGCUGGCUGCUAAUCACAGUGAUUCUGAUGACACGUUGAUAGUAAAACGCUGGACUCCAUCGUCCCUGUCCUUUCGCACCAGACAGCAUUCUUGGCCAGAGUCGGACUCGUUCACAGAGAACACACCAGGAAGACUUCCGCGCCGACGCCGCAAAGUCAAACGCAUGCCACCAAAUGUGAAUGUAAACGUGCAGCAGAGGUUUCGAGUGUGUGGACUGGAGAGAGGCGAACAAACCCAUCGUCACUGUCAUCACCAUCCCAACCAUUCUCAUCAACAUCAGAGGUCUUAUAAGAAGCAGAGACUGAGCCGGCUGAAAAAGCGCUCUGGGGGCUGGUCAAAGCAGGACGGCGUCUCUGUCGGAACUGGAGUAGGAGGCAUGUCUCAAGAAUGCUGGAAGGACAAGAUCCUGCGCCAGACCAAGGAGAAGAAAGAGGCGUCUGAUGAGAACAUGUCAGAAUGUGAGACGAGCAGCGUGUGCAGCAGUGACCCUGGUCUUUUCACCAAUGAUGAGGGAAGGCAAGGUGAUGAUGAACAGAGCGACUGGUUCUUUGAAGGUGACUGUGCAUCAGGUAUUGGUGUCCAGGGCCUGAUAUCCGGCAGAGAGUCUGAAACAGCACCCAGACCUGCUGCACUCGACUCAAAAAGAGAGAAACAUCACUCACCUACUUUCCUCCACCCCAGUCAACCCAGUCAGAGAGGUUAUCAUGCUCGUAUAAACCGUUUGCCAGGUGUGACUGCGUGCUGCAUUAGGAAAGGCAGAAGGAGAUUGCCUGCCAAGGAUAAUAAUAUUGCUGCUUGUGUGGACAAACUGAGGAACUACUCACAUGAUUCCUAUCAGAGAGAGUUGUGGCUGCCCCCGUAUGGGAAGCAAGACAGAAGACAGCUAAAACCCUUGUGUUCAUUGUCCAUGUAUCCUCUUGGCAUUGGUCCAGACACUUCCCAUCCAAGAUGCUCCAUAUCCGAGUGUAAAAACAGACAGCGCAGUGCACAUCUGGGGGUGCUGUGUGGAGGGGAUAUCAAGAGGAGGAGGAAAACUGUAGCAAUUUCCAGUGCAACUUCAGUCUACCUCCCCUUCAGACGAGAAGAUGCUAACCAAUGCUGUGAGACGCCGUUCUCUCCUGGAGGAGACGGUGCACUCUCCUUGCCAUCCACUUCACACACACCAGACUUCAUCAAACCAGGGACUUCAUUCAGUAGUCAGCGGGAACACGAGUAUGACUGACACACUCUCACAUUGGCUGCCCUCUUCAUGGGCACAGCUGCUCAGGGUGGAUAUCCUAGACUAGCACUCAGAGAAUACUGGCGUGAACCGAAAGAACUCUCUGGGACAAAACUUUCCGGAUUAAGUCUUUCCAACCAAGUAACCAUCAUGCAGAAAAAAAUGCUAAUGCAUUCAUUUGGGGUUAAGAUGUAAGCCCAAGGCAGCUAACCCAUAAGUCAUCACCCCAUUCAUACUGAUUCAGACUGAGACUUGAUUUCUCUUUGUGACUAUAGAAAUGUCCACUUGGUUAAAGUUUAAAAAAGUUUUUUUUUUGGUAGGAAUGUUACAGAAGUAGCUCAUUGUGUAGCAUCACUAAAGCUCGAUACAUUGUGCAUAACAGAAGAUCGACCACCGAAAAUAGAAGGAAAAAAACAGGUCCCUUAUUAACAUGGAUAUGAAACGCUAGAGUGCUCUAAAAAAAACACUCAUUAGCACAACAGAGCGAGUGUGUGUUCCUGCACCCUCCGGGGGUCUCCACUCUCGGCUUCACAAUCCACAUUCAAAUGUUCACACAUUAAAGUUUAGUGCAGUACAGGGCCUGCUGAAACUUAAUUUGAAGUUGUUUCGGUUGUCUUUAUAUUUAUGGCAGUUUGGGGUCACUGUGAAUCAGUUGUGUGAUAAUAGCAUCAGCUUGUCUGUUAUUAUUAUUAUUAUUAUUAUUAUUAUUAUUAUUAUUAUUAUUAUUAUUAUUAUUAUGAGCAUGAAUUGCUGUAAAUAUUUCAUGGACCAUCUGAGAAUCCUUCAUCUGCUUGUGCUUUUUAUUUUAUUUUAUUGGAAUUUAAUACCUGUUGUUUACUGGAACCAUUUCGAUUUCAGCAAUCAGUAUAAUGAGACUGCUUUUUGCUCCUGUUGACAUUUAUAAAUGGACCAGCAUGGCUGUGUAGACAGCUGUGGGAACUGUAGUGUCCCUUUUCCACCGUGCUCUUCAUCCAUAUGACCAGCUGCCUUGAAUUGACAGCUUGCUCGCUGUAUUUCCUUAUCGUGUUUUUGUCAAUUGUCAAAGCUAUUGCCUCACCUGUCGGUAAUUAGUUAGUUACCAUGACAAUGUUACCUCACGAGCCCCUCCUCCCAUUGCGUGAGCGAUGCCUGAAAUGAGUUUCGUUGGUGGGGCAGAAAGUGGGAGUGAGGAGGGGGACAGCACGAUGCGUGCACCCAGUCAAUCAUCUCAGCUACAGUUAAGGAAUCCAGUGGGCUGAUGCUCCUCAUAUUUCAUCCAUGGUAAAGAUUACCUGUCGGCCCCAGAGGAGAUGUAUUGAUCUGUUUUCCUUUUUUUCUGCCAGCAAUCACCUGACAAAGGCACCUAGGAGUGCAGUAGUGAGUGAUGCCUGUUCAUGUCUCCACCCACUGUGGUGUAUUUUGGGGUGGGGUGGGGGGAUUCAGCGGGGUGUAUAGGCGGUGGGGGUGGAGGGGGUUGGUGGUGAGGAGGUUUGCUGCCCACGAUAAUGUCAGCAUAAACCCUGCAUGAACUUAAGCAUUAAGUCAUGAACAACACACUCAGAGCUUCUUUACCUAGAAAAAAAAAUCUGCCUCUGUUACUCACUAAUACACUGCAGUGGCAUAAAGGGAAAUUUAAUUCAGUAGGAUGUGAUCAUGUUAUAACAAAAUAAAAUCACUGCAUGUUUAAUGACAAUUAGAUGAAUGUGAUGCCCUUUUGCAUUUUGGGUGGAUGUCAAGCAGUAGCUGGUAGUCUUUAGAAUUUGUCAUUUUAUUGGUAGUCAUAUAAAUAAACAAAAUAAUUGAUGCAUUUGGCAUCUGGGACAGUUGAAAAUGGUCAAAGUCGUUAUGAUCUUUAUCAACAUCAAUAUCAUACUAGAUAUAAAAGAAUACAGAAAAGGUUUUGGAACUUUCAUGUUUCAAGUGGACAAAUAAUUAUAAAAAGCUGAUUGUGCUGGAUGGAGUUGAGUUAGGGUGUGUUUAAAGACUCAUAAUGGAUAAAAAAUAAAUAAAUAUCUGAGUAGUUAUUGCUUCUGGUCCAUAAAUAUUCUGCCUUUCUUUAGAAAAAGAUGGUGAUAACAUUGAUUACACACAAAUACUAAUGCAUGUCCUUCUGUGAAUGUAUAGUAUAGCAGUGUAUCCAAUGCUGUACUGUGAUAAAUAUACACAUUUAAUGCUUGUUUUGAAGAUCUGCAAGGCAUUUUCACUAUGAACAUUCAGGUAAAUAUUCCACAGAAUUGUUAGCAGUAUAAGACAGUAUCCACUGGACAUGUAUUAUGCAUUGGAUAUAAAAUAUAUACAUUUAGGCUGUAUUCCGAGUUGAGUUACGCAUGCUUACUGAAGAUUUAAUUUCAAAAUUGGUAGACAGACAUCAGAUGUAAUCCAGGCUUGAGCGCUAUUCACAAGCUUGAGUAAGAAAGGUGUGUUAUGAGUGUAAUUUAUGUUUGGGCUGUAAAUAGAUUUUAAAAAUGAUGGCAUGCAAUAUGACCAAAAAAAUCAACUCAAGUAAGUGUAUAACUGAGCUGCACAGUUUUCCUUUUGUAAAUAUUCAUUUAACUGUUGGACAUGAAUUGUCAACUUUGAAUACGGCCCAUACAGCAUCCACAUUUCUUUUAUUGAUGGAAUGUUGUAUGGCACACUUGAGCGAAACUAGUCAGUGUCAUCCGGGCAGCUAUUUCUUCGCAUAUUCAAUAUUGCACAUGUUACUACAGUAUAUGUGUGUUAUUGAUGAGAAUGCAUGCAUACAAGUCUUAACUGUCAUUGUAUAUCAAUGGAAGCUUAUCAGUAGAUUUGAAAUAAGCUGAACGCUUGUAAUGAAAACAUUAAAAAACCCGAUAUGUGAUUA